AUGUUCUACAUCCCCCUAGGGCGCGACUUGUGUUUGUGGAUGGGAGGUGUCGAUGCCUCACGGUCGACGGGCGAGAAGGUGCUGAACGAAGGCAACAGUAUCGUCGUGUAUCCUGGUGGAGUGCCAGGGAUAUUCAAGACGAACCCCAACUCCAAAGAGACCCAAUUAGUGCUGAGGAAUCGCCUCGGAUUCGUCAAACUGGCCGUGAGCCACGGAGCAGAUCUCGUGCCAACGUUCGUCUUCGGAGAGAAGUGGCUCUACAACAUGCGGAAUCCGCCGAAAGGGGUGAUAAACUUCUUCCGCAAGACGCUCGGCAUCCCGGUGCUCGUCUUCUGGGGCAAAUUCUGGUGGAUGCCCAAGGCUCCGGAGAACGGGAAACGUUUCGGACUCGUGUACGGCAGACCCAUCACCACGAAACGCAAUUCCAAGCCUACAGAAGAGGAAUUUCGUGUCAUUCACACACAAUAUGUCGCCGAGAUCGAACGGAUCUUUGAGCAGUACAAAUCUGACUUUGGCUAUGGAGCGGACGAAACGUUGGUGAUCGUUUAG